AUGACGGACACCACGGAGACCCAAGCUAAACAGAAGCGCCUAAAUCAAGAUGAUUUCCGUAAACUACUACAAACACCACGUCCAGGGGACGCAACGUCGAAAGUUGGGUUAUUGGGUACCGCUUCCAAUAGACAGCGAUUAAUUCCGCCACAGACACCGAGAGUUGGUGGAAAUACAAGCUCAACGGUAACGAAAGCAGAGACAUUAAUUUCCAAGCCCAGGAAAAGUCGCUUUAUAAAGCCUGUUCCUACUUCGCCACCUCAAAAUCAGUACAGAGAUCGUGCUGCCGAACGCCGUGAAAAUGCCAAUCCUGACUAUCAAGACACGGAACAAAUUCUCAAAGCCCUCAAUCAGACGGAAACUCUUGCAUCAAAAACCGUAUAUGAACAAUCAAAGUAUCUUGGAGGUGAUACCGAACAUACGCAUCUUGUAAAAGGUCUCGAUUUUGCUCUGUUAACAAAAGUACGAAACGAGCUGAGUAAAGAGGGCCGGGGGAGUGAAGAUGAAGACACGAAAAGAGAAUUGGAGAAGUUGGAAGAGGAAACGCAGGAAGUACCUAGGAUUACGAGCAAGCUUGCAAUCAAUCUCUAUCAACACGUUAUGGAAACGAGAAAGCUCCCUCCAAAAGUUAAUGAACUAUUCGUUGCUGGACGAAUGGCGUACGUUUUCGAACUUGCUGAUAAUAAUGGAAAUUAUAACGAUCCAUUUGCUAUUCCAACAACAAUUAUCCGUUCCAAAGCUGACAUUGCCGACUCGGCCGAAGUCGAUAAGUCUACAAAUGACAUUGUCAUUGAGAAAAUCUCUCAGGUUAUGGCUUAUGCUCGUUCUGGAGAUCCAGAAGUUAGGAUGGUUAAAGUGGCGGCUAUUGAUGAUGAUGAGGAUAUUUUUGCUGAAGCUGGGAGGGAUUAUAGUGUUACUAUCGAGGAGAAAGAUAAAGAAACGCAAGAGAAGAAAGAGGAAACUGCGGGAGAGACUGGUUGGUUCUUGUUCCCCGCUGCUGCCGGCGCUGCCAAUGUGGAAGCGGAUGAUAUUAAUGAUCAGAGUAACGACUCGAUGAGGGAAACGGAUACUACGAAGAAAUAUUUCUCUCACCAGACUGAUUCUUCAAUGGACACAGAAAAUAACAGCGAUGCAAAUUCUACAUCAUUACAUACUCUUAUCCAAUCCGCCACUGCUUCUGAUGCUCACGAUGGAUCCACUUAUUUUUCAUCUCUUUCUGCUUCUGCUCUAAAUGAUUCACAAGCCUCAAAAACUUCAUCAUCUUCCCAGUCGCAAUCUAUUCGUAAGCGUUUAAUUUCCCAAGACAGCUACGAUGUGGAUUAUUCUAUUUUCGGUUUUGGUAUGGACGGAAUUGCGCGUGAGAACGCUUAUGAUUCCGGGCAGUCUGAUUCGGAUUCUGAUGAGGCACACACUAUUCGUGAUCAAGGCGUAACGAAAAAUAAAAAAGCACAGCUAGUCAGGUGGGACUUUGAGACUGAAGAGGAGUGGCAGGAGUAUAAGGACAAAGUGACAGCAAUGCCAAAGUCAGCUUUUCAAUUUGGCGUCAAAACCAGUGAUGGUCGUCAGACACGAAGAAGUCGUAGGGAACUAACAGAUAAACAAAAACUAGACAGAGAUUUUCAAAAGAUAAACCGGAUCAUGGAGGAAAAAUAUGGCGAAGGCAUGGAUGAGGGGAUUAAGAAAGACAUUGAAGAGCGAGCAAUAGAUGGAAUUUAUAAUGAUGGGUAG